GUGGAGAAGGUAAGACGAUAGAUACAGUGGCUCCCUGCGCUUCAUUAUCAGAUACGGUUUAGGCGGCGGCACGGAGGGCAGGCCAGUGUGUCCCUCCCGCGUCCCACAAUUCACCUCGGCGCGCACAAUCACUCACGAAAAAGAUGGCGGCGUCGCUGAUGGACACCUACCACUACUGGGGGGCCGAGUUCAUCUCCAGCUUCCAGAGACUGGUGCCGAACCGAGGCCGCUUCUUCAUGCAGGUGUCAGCGGUGGGGGACCCCGGCCUGGCCUUCACCCUGUACUUCCCUCUGCUGCUGUCCGUGCACGCCGGCCUGGGAGUGAGGCUCAUGUGGACGCUGCUCUUCUGCGAGUGGUCCAACAUGAUCCUGAAAUGGGUGCUGGCAGGGGACCGUCCUUUCUGGUGGAUCCACGAGACAACCAUGUACAAGGGCCUGCCGCCGCCCAUGUACCAGUUCCCCAUCACGUGCGAGACGGGCUCCGGCAACCCAUCAGGCCACGCCAAGCUGAAUGCCGCCAUGUUCUACGUGCUGGUGUCCGCCUUCAUCACCAUGGUGGUGCAGCACAGCUCCAGCCUGAGUGAGCAGCAAAAGACGUGGGCGCGGCGCGGGCUGUGGGCGGGGUAUGCCACUUGGAUGGUGCUGGUGAUCCUGUCCCGGACGUAUGUGGCCGCCCACUUUCCCCACCAGUGCAUCGCCGGAGUGGCUAUCGGUAUCGGCAUGGCCCUGCUGGUGGCUCGCAUGCCGGUGUUGGAGGUGAUGAGUAGGAAGCAGUAUCUCGCCCUCUCCGCCACCAUCAUCACCACUGUGCUUGGCGUGUACUUCGGGCUUCAGCUGGGUGGAUGGGACGCCCUGUGGAGCAUGGAGAAGGCUAUCAAGUGGUGCGUGAAGCGGGAAUACAUUCACCUGGACACCAUGCCCUUCUACUCCUUCUCUAGGUUCUCCGGCGUGUCCCUGGGGCUCGGCAUGGGUCUGUCCUCACCCUGGUACAAGAAGGCCAACCGCUCCAGGUUCAACUGGAAGAUGACGGUUUCACUAGCGGUGCUGAGUCUGGGCAUGAGUCAGGUGGGCGUGAUGGUGCACCAGUCCCUGCCUCGCUCCAUGGUGGGACUCUACCCGGCAGAGUUCCUUCUCAACGCCACCGUCACCUUCGUGCUGGUCGCCGCCCUCCCGCACCUGGUCAGGGUGGCGUCUAAUGUUCCUGCAGGAGACAAAUUCAAGAAGAACUAAUGAGCCAGUUCAUCGUCAGGAAUUAUUAUCAUUAUUAUUAUUAUUUUUUUUUUAUUAUUGUUAUUAUUAUUAUUAUUAUUAUUAUCAUUAUUAUUAUUAUUAUCAUUAUUAUUGUUAUUAUUGUUAUUAUUGUUUUUUUGUUCCAGUCUCUUUUACCAGUAUGGAUAUCUUUGGAUUUUGUGUUCAGUGAGCAUUCUGUUUCCUUUUCACUUUCUUAUAUUAUUUUGAGUGUAUAUGUAUUUCUUGCCCGUCCCA